AUGAUGCAACCCAUUAAGAUUAAGUGCGACGUCAUCGGACUGAGGCGACUCCACCCACUCAACGCCGUGUAUGACACUGGAGAAGAACUGUUCUCAGGAACAUGCGACAGCAGUGGAGUUGGUGGAGUUAGUGUCCUCGUCAAUACGAAUAUGGCAAGAAACAUCGAGUCUUUCGAGCUUGCAACCCGAAUCGGACGUUUGCAGAUGAGAAGAUGUGGUUCAACGCCAGCUUUGACAAUCUUCGUCGCUUACGCUCCAACAUCAAGCUACAAAGAAGAAGUCGAAGCGUUCUAUAUGGACCUGGAGAACUUCUACAGAGAGGAUCAUACCUUCUACAAAGUCAUGAUUGGUGAUUUAAACCACAAAAUCGGUCCCGGAAGAACGCCUGAAGAACUUCACAUCGGGACCUACGGCCUACAAUGGAAUGAGGAAGAGAGGCUUUCCGAGUUCAUUAAGACGACUAAGACCAUCCAUGAGAACUUGCAAUUCUACAAGUCCUCCUUUCCACGAUAG